AUGGGCGAGGUUUGUUUUUAGACAAUUUUGUGGGGUUUCAGAUAGUUAACCUUAUGUGAUUUAUUACUGGACCUCAGAGUUUUCGAUAUUUUUUUGGGAGAUCAAUGUACCUUCAAAUCUUAGUAAAAACAGAACAUUCAAUUUUUCGUUGAAGUUUAUAUCUACCGUAAUCUAAAUCUUGAUGCAAAGAUGUUCAAGGUACUGUAACCAAAUUUAAAGGAAAACUUUUGAUAAUCCAACUCUACAAUGGUGAGAUCUACUUAAAGUAAAUUCCCGAAAGUUCAAACGAAUUACUGUUCUUUGUUAUUAUAAAAAAAGGAAGUUGAAUUGCGCAUACAAAUAUGAUAUUUUCCCACGUUCAUAACGUUAUACUACAAAGUCAAACUCCAAAAAUCCCAUAUCCUGUUUUCAUUAAAGUUUUCAUAUCCUAAUAUAUGUAGCUUUUUGAUUGUGACCCUUCAAAGUAUAUUGGACCACCAAACACUUCACAGUUCACUUUUCUUGUCCUAUAAAAUGAGCAAGCUUUUCCCUCCAUGCAUGUCAAAAAAAUAUGAAAAUAAUAAUAAAUCUAGAAAAAAAAGGAUUUUUCAACCACUCAUAGACAAUAGUAGACAUUUCAUUUCAAAACCUUUGUUUAUUUUUUUCCUUUUCUUCCUUCAUCCUCCAAAGACAUUUUUUUCAUACAAACACAUACACAGGUUCUGUUCAGAAUUCUUUAUUUCACAUCUGAAAAUAGAGGAAUAGAUGUCACCUACGUUCGUGUGUGUUUUCUAUUUUUCGUUUCUAUUUUUGCUUCUUUUCACUUGUAUGUAGUAAUUGUGUUGUUUUUGGGAAUUUUUGAUAAGUUCACUGAUUUUUUAGGGUUCCCUUUGCUUUCUUUGUUUCUUUCUAUUGGAACAUAAUACCUUUUUUUCAUUUCUGAUUCUUUGCGACAAGAAUAUCCUAUUUCUUAGAGAGUUAUGAAACAUCAAACUACAUUUGUUUUUGUUCGAUAAGAUGACGUCCCAUUUGGAAAUCAUGAAAAAUUCAGUAAGAUUUUUUGCAAAACCUACAUGAAACUUCCCAAAAUAUUUGUGGUUUUUCUAGUUAGCAGUUUUAUUUCAAUCAGAGGCAAGACACAGAUGUUUUUGACACAUAAAAGGACAGUAAAAACUUGGAUGUAGACAAAAUUUGUAAUUUGAAUCAAAAUUAAAACGAAAACAGAAAAAAUGGUUCAAAAGAUCUUGCAUGGAAAUUGGCACAAUUUAAAAUGGAAACAUCACAUAUUUUUUACUUUGAUUAGGAUUGUUAGCCACCCUUAAUACUCAAACAUCAUAAUUCUUUCAACAUGAAUAGAAAAACAAUACUACAGUAUUUAUUUUUAAUCCAAGCCCAAAAAAAACUAAAUUGAAUUAAAACAAACUUCUCUUUUUUGUUAUUUUUCAUGUCUCGUUCCUUGUUUUUUGUUUUGUUUAUCUAUAAAAAAGACGAAUAGAAAAAGAAUAGAAAAAAACAGAAAAACCAAUGUUGAGCCUUGGUCCAUCUAACAUGAAAAUGUGUCAAAAAAAGAAGUGUGAAAUUAGAGGCCGAAGAAAAAAGAAGUCGCGGCAAAAAUAAACGAGGAAAGGCGCAAAAAAGUAAAAGAUCGUAUUGCAAUGAGUUGAAAAGAAGAUGAGAAAAUGAGAGAAAACGUUCUUAUGCCCUUGGCUCAUUUAUUGCUCCGCUGUGUUGCCGAAAAAACCGCAACCUAACUAACUAACUAUCACAUACAUAUUCAUAUUUUGUUCUUCUUUGCUUUUCUUCUUCUCUUCUGAACUUCUGAAGUCGAUUCAUGGAAUCUCGUGAAUCAAAUGAUAGGAUUCAGGUGAUCAUUUCGAGAUCUUUGUGAUUUGUUACAAUAUAUAUAAUUAUAUUGAAAACACCUAAUAUAUUCAAGCGUAAUUGAAUAUAUUCGAAUUCUAAAUUAGAAUAUCAGAUUACAUCUUGAACUAUGCGAGAAAUCGCAACAUUCAUUCUUUGAUUCAUUUUCUAGAUGGUCAAAAAUGCCUUUUUCUUGAUUUACCUACCAGUUGAUGAGAGCCUAUUUUUACGAUCCACCCUAAUCAUAUAAAAAUUUGAACCUGCCUCUUCUUGUUUUCGAAAUGAAAACAAAAAAAAUUGCAGUAGGUCACACACACACACACGCAGAAUACUUGUCACAUUUUGAACAAAUUAUUUUUCACACUCAACUUUUUUCUGGCUAUUUUUCAUUUUUCGGUUUCAGCUCACUCACUCACUCGACUAAAAAAAGGUGUCAGGUCACCCCCCCCUACGCAAUUUGAUCAGAAACAAUAGCAUUAAUUUUUGAAUUCAACUUUGUCAUACAUGAUCCAAAAACCAAAAGAGAGCGAGCAAAAAAUAUAAGAGUACGCGUUGGACUAACAGACUCAUUUAAAAUGUAUAAGACUUUUGUGACAACAUACCAGUUGAGCUCGUUUUAUUUAUUUUUAUCUUCAUUUUUUUUUGUUUCUUCUAUUUUUUGGUCCAAAAAUUAUCUUUAGAAUAAUGUUCGUUUGAGUUGAGCUAAAUUGAGAUGAAGAAAUAGAAAAAUAAGAAUGCGGAACGAAACAAUAAAUGUUCGAAAAACCAAAAUCUGUUCUUUCAUUUUAUGUAUCUUUAUUUUAUUCCUUAUUUUAUUAUCUCAUAUUCUCUAAAACUCAAUUAUGUAUUUCUCUUUUUUUCAUUCUUUUUUCAUCUUGGACAUGAUUUUUGAUGUACAUCCUUUCAUAGUUUGUAGAUCCGUGAGAAUUGAUGUAACUUCUUUUGAGUUACCAGAAUCUUGAAUAUUUUUAUUUAUGUUUUUGUUUGGGGGUCACGAGGCUAUUCGACUUGUUUUUCUUCUAUGAGAAAAUGUAGGUGACCGCGUACGUGACAAACUUCUCAUAUAGUUUUUGACCACGUCAUAAGUUCUCUACGGUCAAAUGUUCUUCUAUCCGGAUUUUAAUUUAAUACAUAGAAAGUGAAUUUUAUUCUUCUCUUGGUAUUAUACAAACCCAUGUUUUUCAGAAUUCUUUAUCAUUUUGUAGGUAUAAUUCUUUUCAAAUUCAUCUAAUUAUUAUUGUUAUUGAAUCUGACUGAAAUGAUAUACAUUUUUUUCAUUUUAUUUGUGAUCACGGUCCGAAUUUUCUUCUGUUAAUCUAACGGAUUCUCAUGAAAACUUUUGUCUGAAAAUGACGCAACCAAAAUAACAUCCCACUUUGAGAAAUUUCCUCGAGUAAAAAAGUAUGGUUCCAAGCUUUCGCAAGAACGGCAGAUGCCUGAUUGAACUAGGUUUUAAAUUGUAAUUAAAGACUAUUAUUCUUGAGUUAGUGCACCUUAUUAAAAGUUCUUAAGGCUUUAGAAGUUUUUUUUUAUGUUUUUCAUCUCCGUUUUUAAAUCGCCAAUCGACUUUUUCCAUAAAUUUUGAAUCCGUCUAAAUGUUUCCACAAAAAACAUCAUUUGUUUGUGAAAUAUUUCUUCUCCACAGAAAAAAUAGGUUUUAUUCGAAAUCAUAAAUUUCCCCGUUUCCUCUUCUUUUCUUCUUUGGAAGCAUGAAGAAAAAACCAAAAAUUGUGUGCUCUAAUAGAUAUAAAUGAUAUAAAAUAAUAACGGAAGGAAGUGCUGAUUGAUAUUCAUCGAUGGUGUUAUCAUAAGCGAAAGAAUUGAAUUUGUUGCUCCUCCUCCUACUCUUCCUUUUUUGCUUUUUCUUUUUUCUAUUUCUUCCACCAUCACCAUCACUCCUCCUACUCAUCAUCAACAUCAUUGAAGCAUUAUUUUUGUGUGGCACAGCCAAAAAAAGAAGCAGAAGAAGAAGAAAAGGCUUGACUGCUACAACCGAUGCACAUCACCAUCUCCACUUAAACCUAUUCGACCGUGCCAAAUCUUUUUUAUUAUUGUUUCUUCUCUUGUUCAUUCUCGUCAUAUAUAUACACAAAACAUACUAUCAUAAUAUCUACUCUCAUGUAUUAUUCGAAUGAUAUUGGUUACACGAUUGAUAAUGAUCAGCGAUUUAAGGUAUCUUGUUGGAUGGUUGAGAUCCAGAAAAUCUGAAAAACUUGGAUAUUUUAACAAUACUGUAUUGUUAAUCUAUUGAAUGUAGACAGUUAAGGGAUAUUUGACUGUACCAAGCCGAUGUUUAUCGAACCUUUGUUGAUGAUUUUCAUAGUUAUGUUCCAAUGAUAAGUUCUAGAAUGUUUUUCUCACAGUUUGUCUUUUUUUUUAAGCUGUAACUUAUUCGCUAUGGUCUUCAGAACAUUUUGUCCAAUAUCAAAUCUGUAGAAACUCUCAAUUUUUGGAUCACCCCCAAGAAUCCCAAAUCUCAAAAAUAAUUUUUCUUAAAAAAUAUUUCCAUAUUCGAGUGGGUUUAAUAUUCUUUGUUCGAGUGAGUGCAAAAAGAGCUAGCUAAAAAAAACCUGAAACUCACACCGGAAUUCCAAAUCAUUUCCUGUGUCUCGAUAUGAUAUGAUGUGAGUCCGGACAUGUUUUCCAACUCAAUCAAAACCUCUCGUUGUACUUUGUUUUUCACUCACAUGUUUUACGUAUCUUUGUUUUUUUUUUCUUCUGAAAACUCAAGAAAAAAAAAACAAUCAUGAACAUCUCAGUAAUUGUUGCGACCGACUCAUUAGUAAAUUGUUCAAUCUUAGAUCUUCCAAAAAACAAGCAAAAAACAUUUCAACAAAAAAAAUGAAAGAGAAAAAAACUUUGAUUGGUCAUGUUCAUUAACGUCUUUGCGUGUCUCUGAUGAGCACAUACUUGUUGGUUUGAUGUUUUAUUGUGAAACUAUGUAGAAAACUAGGAAACAAAUGAGAACAAGAGAAUGAGGAAGUAGUUAUUUAUGUAUUUAUGAAGAUCAAAAGAUAAGAAAAAAAAGUUGGUUUUUUUCAGGAAAUGGUGUUACGAGCAAUUGGUUCGAUUCGAGAUCAAUUUAUGAAUGUAACCCUUGCAACAACCACAACAACCACAACAGUUGCACCAAUUGUUGAGCCACUGAUUUCAGCAAACACGUCAUCGGUGAUACCAACUGUUGAAUUGGUUUUAGGAACAAUUACCUAUCUAGUAAGUAUUUUCCCUAUAUUUUCUCACAUCUAAUUGGAAAAAAAGAAUAGUAAAAUAUUGUUUAUAAAUAUUCAUGAAAAAAAGCAGAUCCAUUUGUUUUUGCGGCUUACAUACAUAGCAGCAUAAAAAAGGACAUGUUCAAAAUAAUAGGAAUGUAUGAAUUAUUUAAAAGUAGAUCUUUGGGAGUUGACUGGUCUAUGAAUGAAAUUAUGUUUUUUUUUGGAAAACAAGUUGAAACUUGGGAGAUUAGUGGUAGACUUCCUAUAAUUUCAUCUGAUGUUCGAUUUUGAAACAAAAUUUGUAAUCGAAUUAAAUUUUUCUGAUACUGAGAAAGAUUAUCAACUAGGUAAGAAUAUUUGAAAUAUUAGAAUCAGUGGGAGUUAUAUGAAGAAACUUUUUUAGAAAGCCUUGAAACCAGAGUUGAAGAUUCUCAUCGACAACAAAUUAAGAAGUGGACUUCUGAUGAAAUUUAAUUUUUUCGAAAUAUUUUUGAAAAUCAAUUCAGUUUGAAAUUCUUAAAAAUAAUUCGUCUAUACGGAAAUACUGUGCUCAAAGUUGAAUUUGAAAAAAAAUAGAAGCGAUAGAUAUCUAUGAAAAUUGAACAAAAUAUCAGAAUUUAUAUUAUCUGGGUUCAAAAUCUACCCUUUUUUUCAAAUAUUUAUCAAAUUAUUUUCCAGGUGAUCAUUGCGAUGACAGUCGUUGGAAAUACAUUGGUCGUUGUUGCUGUCUUCAGCUAUCGUCCUUUGAAAAAAGUGCAGAACUAUUUUCUAGUCUCACUGGCAGCAUCAGAUUUAGCAGUAGCGAUAUUUGUAAUGCCUUUGCAUGUCGUCACAUUUCUGGCGGGUAAGAUUUUAUAUACCAACUUUUUUUUGAAGCGAUUUCACUGUUUCCUUUUUGUCUCACUCUCUUUUCCAUCUUUUCCUUUUUCAAAAAAUGUGAUUGUUGUGAUUGCGUGUAUGUUUUUGUUGUGUUGUGUCGAACAAUUGUGCACUCAUUGCAAAACCAAAAAAAGGAGGGAGGAAAAAGAGGAGCAAGAUGAGAAAAAAUAAGUGUGUGGUGAUGAAAAAAGUUUCUUUUUUUGGUUUGUUUUCGUUUUAAUAAGGGAUCGAGUUUGUGUUUCAUUAAAUAUUACUCACAAGAAAGAGAAGUGAAGGCGAAGAAUAAACACAUUUAAAUGGAGCAUAGUCAAGCGAGCAAUUAGGCUUUUCCGAUUGGCUAAAUUUACACGUUUUUUCUUCGUAAUCUAGACAAGUUGAGCAGGAAGAUAAUUGUUGGCACAUCAAUUCAAACAACUUAUUUUUGAAAGAAAUCCUUGUGUGAAAAAGGGAUUUUCAGAAUAAAUCUUUGGAACAUGCAAAAUAUUGAAAAUGACACAUCUUUGUAAAAAUAGAAUUGUGUUUUGAUCGAAUGAAAAUUGGGAUGAUUUAUUUUCAGAUAAUUCUUAUAUUUUUAUAUCGGACCCUAUUCUCAUAUAAUUUCUAAACAUAUUGGGGUUUGUAUUUCGAUUAUAGGGCGUUUGGGAGAACAAUCCUCACCACUACCCACUUUCAGAUCCCCACAAACAGGAAUCCGGUUUUGAAAAGAUGAGCCUUAUCAUUGCCUGACAUGUGGAGACUUAAAAUUACUUUAGUGGGACACAUUCUAUGAUUCAACUUGAAGUUCUAAUAAAAUUUGUUUUUUUCAGGAGGCCAAUGGUUACUAGGAAAACUGGUGUGUCAAUUUUUCACGACUGCUGACAUUUUGCUAUGCACCUCUUCGAUUUUAAACCUAUGCGCUAUUGCUAUAGACAGGUAUUCAAAUUCAUCAAGAUUUUUAAAAAAUUUCUUUCAAAUUUCAGAUAUUGGGCGAUUCAUGAUCCGAUAAAUUAUGCGCAAAAACGGACACCCAAAUUCGUAUGCCUCAUUAUUAUUGUUGUGAGUUAUUUUUUUUCUAUAUUAAACAAGUUAAUUUUGAGUCAUCAAAUUAGUUUAGUUAUUCUAUAUUUUCAAAUAAAACAUGAAGAUCUGACGAUGCUAAUUUUGUAGGUGUGGAUUUUAUCAUUCAUUAUAUCGGUGCCACCAAUAAUUGGAUGGAACAAUUGGAAAGAUCAGGAUUUCGACAAAUUACAUCGAUGUGGAUUAUCAACUGAAAAGUAACCAGAGUUGUCAACUUUUUAGAAAAUCAGUUUAAUUUUUUCAGAGCAUUUGUGUUAUUUUCGGCGGCCGGCUCAUUCUUUUUACCCCUUCUUGUCAUGAUUGUUGUGUACGUGAAAAUAUUUAUAAGUGCAAGACAAAGGAUUCGAACAAAUCGAGGUUAGAACUUUGAUCAUGAUGAAUAAAGUGGGGAUAAAAAAAGAAAGACAAAGUGAAAAGAGGGUGGACUAAAGUAGUUUCUACUAAUGAAUUGAAACACUCAGGAAAAACAAGAAGAUUUGUUGAUAGAUUUAGAUUUACAUAAAUUAUACUGAUCCUUUCUGAACGAACGAAAAUUGGUUUUAAACAGAAAAAGGAACCAACCAAAAAAUAAACAAAAUUUUGCAGGGCGAAGUGCAUUGAUGCGAAUACAAAACGCUGAAGGUGACGAUGAUCGUAAAAUGUCGCUGAAGAGAACAUCAAUCGAAUCGGCACGAACUUCAAGUCGGGUAGGAGAGAAGACUCCGUUGGUGAUUGCUGACGGCCAUACGACGGUCACAACUCUUGCAGCCCAAUCUGUUAGUGAGAAUGAUGUCACAUUUUCAGUUUUUACGCAAUCUUUCACACCUUUUUUUCCGUUUUUAUUUCGCUCACACACACUUUUCUCACCUUUUCACUAACACCUUGGAGUUUAUGAAAUCUUUGUACAAGGGAAGGGAGGUUAAUUUAUGAUUUCAAAAUUUUCUCAACUUUCGUUGGAUACAUCUUGUUAGAUAUGUUAAGAAUAUUGAAAUUAAGAGAAAACAUUCGUCUGAAAAUUGAUAACAUUAAAAAUAUAAAAUAAAAAAAUAUGGACGUUGGAGAAAACUCGAGAACAACAUUUGAAAUCAUAAAAUUGAUCCUAUCCCUUGUUAAGAUUUCAUAAUCGGUAUGCAAAGUUUUGCUCGUUUCUUCCAUUUUUUACUUCUUUUUUGAUCAUGUUUUCCCAUUUUUAGACUGAUGGUGGAAGUCAACCAAAAGACGAAAUCACAAAACAUAUGAAAUAUGCAAAUAAUGGAUCGUGCAAAAUCAAAGUUAAACAAGAGGAGAAAGACGAAGAAGAGGUUUGUUGCAAAAAUAGAUAUGCUAGAAAAAUAUUAGAAUAGCAUGAAAUAUCACACCUCUAAAGCACCAUUAGUUUUUUGAGAAAAAUAACAAUAUCAGCAAGCUUUUUAACACGGAAUCAAAUAUUUUUGUAUUUACAUAAAUGAAUAUAAUUUUUUCCAGAACCCAACUGCGGUUUUGCGAAAACGUGAGAAAAUCAGUGUGGCUAAAGAGAAACGUGCCGCGAAGACAAUUGCAGUUAUCAUUUUUGUAUUUUCAUUCUGCUGGUUACCAUUUUUCUGCUCGUAUGUUAUUAUGCCAUUUUGUGAAGGUUGUCAUCUCCACGCGAAGGUAACUUAAUUUCAAACCUCAGAAUAUCCAUAAAAAUUAUUGAUUUUUUAGGUUGAUCAAGCGUUCACAUGGUUGGGUUAUAUUAACUCAUCUCUAAAUCCGUUUUUAUAUGGUAUUUUGAAUUUGGAAUUCCGAAGAGCAUUCAAGAAAAUCUUAUGCCCAAAAGCAGUUUUGGAGCAACGAAGAAGAAGACUUAGUGCUCAACCAUAA